CAAUGGAGCCAUUUUCAUCCUUGAGCUUCUUCAUCUCCAUCUUCCUCUUGCUAUCUCCUAUCCUGUUCAACCCUUCAAACUGCCAGCAAAACUACCUAAACAACACACAAUUGUCCUGCCAAAAUACGCCGUCUAUAUCAAAAGGCUAUCUCUGCAAUGGCCCUGAAGCUUCUUGCCAAGCCUAUAUAACGUUUCGGUCGCAGCCACCCUUUGACUCCCCCACCAAAAUUGCCUAUCUUCUAGGCUCCGAAGCCACCAGCAUCGCUGCAAUCAACAACAUAUCGUCGAGCGACAACGCAAUCCCACCUGGGAAUUUGGUUAUAGUUCCUAUUUCUUGCACCUGUGGCUCCGGUAGCUUGUACCAGCACAACACGCCUUAUACGAUAAAAGCCAAUGAGACAUAUUUUACAAUCGCCAAUGACACUUACCAAGGCCUCACAACUUGCCAGGCUCUCAUGGGGCAGAAUUAUUAUGAUGAAGUGAGUCUUUUGCCUGGUAUGCAGCUGACAGUUCCGCUGAGAUGCGCCUGUCCAAGCGCCAACCAGACAGCUGAUGGGGUGAGCUCGUUGCUGGCUUAUAUGGUAACAUGGAAAGACACUUUUGGAUCGAUUGCGAAGCUCUUUGGAGUCGAUGAGAAAAGCAUCCCGGAGGCUAACAACUUGUCGCAAGACAGUACUAUCUUUCCCUUUACUCCUCUUCUGAUUCCACUGAAGAGGGAAAGUUGCCCUGGAAAUCCGGAGAAAUUCUUUUGUUAUUGUCCUAUAGAUGGAAGCCCAGAGGAGCUCAAUUAUUGCCAAACGAAAGGAAAGAAAUUUCCGGUCAAAUUGGUUGCUCUGUCAGGUAGUGGCAUCGGUUUGGGAUUGUUGUGUAUCUUUCUUUGCGGAUACCACUUAUACAAAUUUCUAAGAAAAAGGAAAAACAGAUUACAAAGAGAGAAAUUGUUCAGGCAAAAUGGUGGCUUCUUGCUGCAACAACGAUUAUCAUCCAGUGGCAUCACUGAAAAAGCUAAAAUAUUUACAGCGAAGGAGCUUGAAAAAGCAACAGACAAUUACAACAAGAGUCGGUUUCUGGGUCAGGGAGGAUUCGGCAUUGUGUACAAAGGAAUGUUACCUGAUGGAACCAUUGUUGCUGUCAAAAGAUCUAAGGCCAUCGAUGAAAGUCAGACUGAACAAUUCAUCAAUGAAGUCGUUAUUCUAUCUCAAAUCAACCAUCGAAACAUUGUCCAGCUUCUGGGGUGUUGCCUGGAGACCGAGGCACCAGUCCUAGUCUACGAAUUCAUCUCCAAUGGAACACUUUCUCACCAUAUUCGUAACCAUGAACAAGAACAAGACUCUUCUAUCUCGUGGGCUCGUCGAGUUCAGAUUGCCUGCGAAGUUGCAGGUGCGUUGGCCUACAUGCAUUCUGCAGCCUCUGUGCCGAUUUUCCAUCGAGAUAUCAAGUCUUCAAACAUACUCCUGGAUGAAAAGUACAAAGCAAAAGUUUCGGAUUUUGGGAUUUCAAGGUGUAUCCCAGAUGACAAAACUCAUGUAACUACAGCAGUUCAGGGCACUUUCGGGUACUUGGAUCCUGAAUACUUCCAGUCAAGUCAGUUUACAGAUAAAAGUGAUGUGUACAGCUUCGGAGUAGUGCUUGUAGAGCUCCUCACAGGUAAGAACCCAACCUCUUUGGCCUUGUAUGAAGAAGAAAGAAACUUGGUUGCAUGCUUCAUUUCAUUGGCAAAGGAGAGCAAAGUGAUGGAGAUUUUGGAUGGUAGAGUGGCUAAAGAAGCAAGCGUAGAAGAGAUUGAGGCUGUUGUAGAGCUAGCAAUGAGUUGCUUGAGACUGAAUGGGAAAAAGAGGCCUACAAUGAAGCAUGUGGCAUUGGAGCUUGAAGGGCUAAGAAGAUCUCAAAGAAGUUUAGAAGUCAAAGAAGCUGUUCAACAAGUUUUGAAAGAGGAGAUGCCCAUGAGUGGACAAGAAUCAUUCACACAAAGCUUAGAAUUUCCGCUACAGAUGGAGUCCACAUCAUUUAAUGAAUUUAUCCUCAGUGAGAGAAGACAAACCAUGGAGCCAUUUUCAUCCUUGGGCUUCUUCAUCUCAGCCUUCCUCUUGCUAUCUCCAAUCCUGUUCAACCCUUCGAACUGCCAGCAAAAUUACAUCAACAACUUACAAUUGGACUGCGAAAAUGCCACUUCUAUCUCAAAAGGCUAUCUCUGCAAUGGCCCUGAAGCUUCUUGCCAAGCCUAUAUAACGUUUCGGUCGCAGCCACCCUUUGACUCCCCCACCAAAAUUGCCUAUCUUCUAGGCUCCGAAGCCACCAGCAUUGCUGCAAUCAACAACAUAUCGUCGAGCGACAACGCAAUCCCACCUGGGAAUUUAGUCAUAAUUCCUAUUUCUUGUUCCUGUGGCUCCGGUAGCUUGUACCAGCACAGCACGCCUUAUACAGUAAAAGCCAAUGAGACAUAUUUCUCGAUCUCCAAUAACACUUACCAGGGCCUCACAACUUGCCAGGCUCUCAUGGGGCAGAAUUAUUAUGAUGGACUGAGUCUUUUGCCUGGUAUGCAACUGACAGUUCCGCUGAGAUGUGCUUGUCCGAGUGCCAACCAAUCAGCUGAUAAGGUGAGCUCGUUGCUGGCUUAUAUGGUGACAUGGGGAGACAGUUUUGGAUCAAUUGCGAAACUCUUUGGAGUCGAUGAGAAAAGCAUCCCGGAGGCUAACAACAUGUCGCAAGACAGUAUUAUCUAUCCCUUCACUCCUCUUCUGAUUCCACUGAAGAGGGAAAGUUGCUCUGGAAAUCCGGAGAAAUUCUUUUGUUAUUGUCCAACAGAUGGAAGUCUAGAGGCGUGCCAAAUUGAAGGCAAAAAAUUUCCAGUCAAAUUGGUUACUCUGUCAGGUAUUGGAGUCGGUUUGGGAUUGUUGUGCAUCUUUCUUUGCGGGUACAACCUAUACAAAUUUCUAAGGAAGAGGAAAAACAAAUUACAAAGAGAGAAACUGUUCAGGCAAAAUGGCGGCUUCUUGCUGCAACAACGAUUAUCAUACAAUGGUAGUACCGAAAAAGCUAAAAUAUUUACAGUGGAGGAGCUUGAAAAAGCAACAGACAAUUACAAUAGGAGCCGGUUUCUUGGUCAGGGAGGAUUCGGCAUUGUUUACAAAGGAAUGUUAGCUGAUGGAACCAUUGUUGCUGUCAAAAGAUCAAAGGCCAUUGAUGAAAGCCAGAUUGAACAGUUCAUCAAUGAAGUAGUUAUUCUAUCUCAAAUCAACCAUCGAAACAUUGUCAAGCUUCUGGGGUGUUGCUUGGAGACCGAGGCACCAGUGCUAGUCUACGAGUUCAUCUCCAAUGGAACACUUUCUCACCAUAUUCGUAACCAUGAACAAGAACAAGACUCUUCUCUCUCUUGGGCUUGUCGAGUUCAAAUUGCCUGCGAAGUUGCAGGUGCGUUGGCCUACAUGCAUUCUGCAGCCUCCGUGCCAAUUUUCCAUCGAGAUAUCAAGUCUUCAAACAUACUCCUGGAUGAAAAGUACAAUGCAAAAGUUUCAGAUUUUGGGAUUUCAAGGUGUAUCACAGAUGACAAAACUCAUGUAACUACAGCAGUUCAGGGCACUUUUGGGUACUUGGAUCCUGAAUACUUCCAGUCAAGUCAGUUUACGGAGAAAAGUGAUGUGUACAGCUUCGGAGUGGUGCUUGUUGAGCUCCUCACAGGUAAAAACCCAACCUCUUUGGUCUUGUAUGAAGAAGAAAGAAACUUGAUUGCGUGCUUCAUUUCAUUGGCAAAAGAGAGCAAAGUGAUGGAGAUUUUGGAUGGUAGAGUGGCUAAAGAAGCAAGUGAAGAAGAGAUUGAGGCUGUUGUAGAGCUAGCAAUGAGUUGCUUGAGAUUGAAUGGGAAAAAGAGGCCUACAAUGAAGCAUGUGGCAUUGGAGCUUGAAGGGCUAAGAAGAUCUCAAAGAUGUUUAGAAGUCAAAGAAGAUGUUCAUCAAGUUCUGACAGAGGAGAUAUCCAUGAGUGGGCAAGAAUCAAUCACAAAAAGCUUAGAAUUUCCACUACAAAUGGAGUCCACAUCAUUUUAGACAUUUAUUUAAGUUAACAAAAAUCAAACUUCCUUCUUUUUUUUUUUUCAUAUAAAUUCUUAG